GGAGAAAGAGAAAACUGUGAAGGGUGAAGAACAACAAAAAAACCCACCAAUGAGGAGAUCAUGGGGGUUCAACGCUACUGGCUGCUGUUGGUGUUGAUCGAGUGCCGUGAAUGGAUUACAGGAGCUGUGGGUGACAUCAGUCCAUAUAUAAAGCAUUAUGAGGGCUUGUCAUAUGACAGGGAGGAUCUUCACAAGAUGCACUUGAGAGCCAGAAGAGCCACACAACCUCAGGAACAUACGCUGCAGCUGGAUUUUACUGCUUUUCACAGAACUUUCCGUCUGCGUUUGAGACGAAAUGCAGCAGCAUUUUCCCAAACUUUCAUGGUGGUUAGUGAAAAUGGUUCCACAUCAGCUGACCUCUCCCACAUAUAUUCAGGAAUAUUAGAAGGUGAACACGGUUCAGCCUGCCAUGGCUCUGUGUUACAGGGUCAAUUUGAGGGAACCAUCCACACAGACAACGGGACUUAUCACAUAGAGUCAGUCCAUAGAUACAACAGCAGCCAAACAGACCACCACUCUAUAAUCUACCAUGAAGACGACAUGAUCCUGCCACCCAUGAGACCUGGUCCUGAUGGAUUCUGUGGUGCAGAACAUUUAAACGUCCUCGCCCAAAGCCUCAGACCCAAAGAGGAGGCAGCAGCGAGCCGGACCAGGAGGACAGUUGAUGAGUCAAAGACCAGCUGCCUGCUCCACCUCCAUGUUGACCACCUCUACUUCAAGAGGUUCAAGUCUGUGGAAGCUGUUGUGGCUCAGGUGAGCUCCUACAUACAAGCUGUGAAUGACAUCUACGACAAGGUGGAGUUUGAUGGAAUCAAGCUGAUCAACUUCAGAGUCAAAUCCCUCAGUGUGAUGACGGAGGAGGAUAAAAAUGAUCCUCUGAAUCCUCUGUUUAUCGGGCCUGAGACGCUGUUGAGCCUGUACUCUGAGAAAAACUGGGGCAACUUCUGUCUGUCCUACCUGCUCACUAACAGAGACUACAGCGGAGUGCUGGGGCUCGCCUGGGAGGGCAAGACUGGUAACUGGGGAGGAAUAUGUUCAAAACAAACCACCCUGCGUAACGGCCAGACCGCCACCCUGAACACAGGUCUGGUCACAAUUCAGAACUUCGGACAGUUCCUGCCUACUCGACUCGUCCAGCUGACCUUUGCUCACGAACUCGGCCACAGCCUGGGAUCUCCGCACGACGAGGGCUCUAACUGCGGGAAUCUUGGUUCCUCUGGUGGUAAAGGCAGGUACCUGAUGUUCCCUCACGCCACAGAUGAGGUGCGUGAAAACAAUGAAAAAUUCUCCCACUGCAGCAUCAAGCACAUCAGCAAGAUGCUUAAGUUGAAGAAGGACGACUGCUUUGUGGUCAGCAAUCAGCCCAUCUGUGGAAACCAGAUUGUAGAGAAAGAUGAGGAGUGUGAUGUCGGUCACAACGACACAGACCCCUGCUGCUACAGCGCUAAAGAGCCUGUAGGAGUCCAGUGUCGCCUCAAGCCUGGUAAAGUCUGCAGUCCGAGUCAGGGCCUGUGCUGCAGUCAUGAUUGCGGGUUUAAGCCGGCCAGUCAGACCUGUGAUGAGGAAACUGACUGUCAGAGGGAGAGUGUGUGUUCAGGCCUUUCCCCGCUCUGUCCCGAGCCAAGCGCCAAGGAAAACUUUACCGUCUGCAGUCAGGGCACACGUGUCUGCCUGAACGGGGUCUGUGCUGAGUCUGUGUGUGUGAAGCACCGCCUGCAGCAGUGUGACUGUCCAGGAGACUCCAUGAAGGAGAAAUGCCACAUGUGCUGCCAGCAGCUCGAUAAGCCUGAGACUUGUGCCAGCACCACCUCCUCCGUGCUGUCUCGUCACUUUCAGAGAAAAGCGAUGCCGCUGGUCGGUGGGGCUCCGUGCUCUGGAAACCGAGGUUACUGCGAUAAAUUCCACGUGUGUCGCCUGCUGGAUGCAGACGGCCCCAUCGCACGACUGAAGAACUCUUUUUUCCAAUUUGAGGACUUCAGUGAUGUAGCAGAGUGGAUGAAGGCUCAUUGGUGGGCCAUCCUGCUGGCUAUCCUGACUCUGUCUGGAGUGAUGGGCUGCACCAUCUGCCUCUGCAGCCGCACCCUCAAUACCGCUGACCUGGAGUAACCUCUGACCUUCUGGGAACUAUCCUCACAAUGACGCACAAAUUCAUUUAGAUUAAUUUAUGAGGGGUUUUGAAGUGUCAAGGCCACAUUGAGGAGAUUCCUUUUUUCAACUUUGUUCCACAUCUGAAGUGGGUGGUUGAGUGGUUUGCAGGUGACUCGGGAGGACACACCUGCUCAGUGCCAGUUUUUCACUGACUGAUAUCUUUCGACGUCAUUAUACAUCUGUCAUUUCUUUUCCUCGUGUGACUUGUCUGUUUACAUUUCAGCAAGUGGUGAGUGUGUUCUACAACGUGAUGCAUGUGUUGUGGAAAACAUCGCUGCUGCUGCUGCUGUGGGUCCAUCAGCCCUCUCAGAGGAGCCACAUACUGUAGCAGUGCACCUACAGUGAUUUAAAGGGCCAUCUGUCCCUACAAAGGCUGGUGGGAUUUAGCCUGCGAUGUCCUUACUGCUGUGUUUGAACUUGAGCGCUAAUUUGAGCCUAGAUGAACAUCCAGCUGUCCACCACAGCGACACUUUCAAUUUUAAUAUUGUCACAGGAAGAAGAGAUACCAAGUCGAAACUGAUGGUUGACAGGGCCUUGGGUCUAAAUGAUGUCAGUUGUCUGAAAAAGGUUCUGAUGUUUAAGUUAAUAA